ACCCCUGUCCUAGCCAUUAGACUCUGUGGUAGAUGCGAAAUCCUGAUAUACUCCACUUCCACUUCCACUUCGAACAGUAAAGGGCACAAACUAUAAAGAGCAGUUCAUUGUAGCAGACUAUCUCACCAAAAAUCUUGAAGUUUCCAAAUUGUUGGUGAAGAUGCAGGCCAGUGAUAGAUUUAACAUCAAUUCCCAACUUGAGCAUCUUCAAGCAAAAUACGUCGGGACUGGGCAUGCAGAUUUGAACAGAUUUGAAUGGGCGGUUAACAUCCAACGCGAUAGCUAUGCUUCCUAUGUUGGGCAUUACCCUAUGCUUGCAUACUUUGCUGUUGCAGAAAAUGAAUCUAUUGGAAGAGAACGUUACAACUUCAUGCAGAAAAUGCUGCUGCCUUGUGGCCUUCCUCCUGAAAGAGAAGAUGACUGAGAGAUACUUACUUGGGCUACCAUAUUCUCUGACGUUUAGUUCAUCGAACAAUGGGUGUUCUAUUGGUAGUUUCGGUGAAUAGAAUUGUUAAAAGGACCUUCUUGCACCUGAGUUAUGUAUUCGAAAAAUUAUGUACUGUAAUAGCAACUUGUUUUUUUAGACAGCAAAAUAGCAACUUGUUGGUACUCUGUAUAUGUUUUAUGGUUGUUUGUCUGUCACUAUUAACAGUAAAUGACUGUUUAAUGAACAUUAACAUUGAAGCAA